GGUUAUCGUAAGAAAAAAAAUGAGUGGUAGAGACAAUUACUUGGAUAUGAUGCAGACACUCGAGACACCGUUCGAUGGAUGGUCACGCCGAUAUUCCUCCUUCACACUCCUCCGGUCUCAGCCAAUACCCGACGACUUAUAACCCUUUUGGCGAUGGCGGUAACGAGAGUUUCAAUAGAGCAGCAACCAUGCCGCCGCCGCCUAGCGGAAGCUCACUCGCACCCUUUCCGCCGUGUCAUCAGUUCCCACCGACGACCGAUCAGCCAUCCCAGUACUGGUCGCCGAAUUUCAUCCCCGGAUCAAGCCCCUCGCAGCAGCAGCCGCUGCUAUCUCAGCAGCCCCCGUCGUCUCUCUUCUCAUUGCCACCGUUGAGCCCGUCGUCGUUACGGUAUUCUCAGUCAGCAACGGUGGCCAACAAAGAAAUGACACCCCCUCUUCACCCAUGCACGCAGAUGCUCAACUCCUCCUCGGGCAGUUAUCUCGCUCAUAAACGGGGCAGCAGUGAUAAUUUCGUAUCACUGUUGGCGGCUCAGAACAAUCAAGGAAUCUACCCGAAGCCAAUAGAGAUGCCCGUUGGCGCGAGGAGCGUUAGAGAAAAUUCGUGGUCUCACGAGGAUGUGAACGUUGAUGUUUUGAAUGGGAAUAAGAGAAGAGCAGGCAACGAGAUUGCUCCUCCGAACAGAAUUUGGAGGAGUGUUUCAGCCGAUAGUUGUCUCUAUGCUCCUCCUAAUCCUCAGGGUGUUUCGGUUGAUGUGGGGAACGAUAUUGCUUACGGGGGUGUUUUUACUGCAUAUCAACUAAGUAAGAUUGCAGCCUGUGACGAUCUCAAAGCGAUGGCAAAAACUGAUCCUAAGCGUGUCAAAAGAAUCUUGUCGAACCGGGAAGCAGCUGCACGUUCAAAGGAGAGGAAGGCGCUGCGCCAGUCCGAGUUGGAAAUCCAAGUCGAGACACUUUACAAACAGAUUGCUAAAUUGACUGCCGAGCUCGAGCUUGAGAAGAGAGAAAGAAUGACGGCGGAUGACGAGUGCGUGCGACUGAAGAUUCUUCUUGGUGGAGGGGAGGAGCACGCGCAAGUUCGUGAUCAUGAAUUGAACAAUUACUUGACUGGAGAAGUGCAUCGGCUAACAGAAGAGGUGAGUCGGCAAAGAGAAGAGAUGAGUAGGCUAAGAGAAGAGGUGAGUGAAUACCGGAGGAAGGAAAGUGAGAGAACGAACGCAAACAUGUUGGAGCAACUCAACAUCAACCAGCAGUUUCAAAAGACGCCGCAGCAGACAAAUAAUUAUAAUUUCGAAUGAAGAAAU